AUUUUACAAUAUUUCAAGAUACAUCCCAGAAAAAGCGUGUUGGUGAACCCGCCAGUAAACUAUCCAGUAAGAAAGCGAAGAAGCAAGUUUCAAAAGACUAUUCUCCUAUGUUACAAAGACUAAUCAAAGAAUUGGGAACUGACGUUCCACAGAAACCUUUACCGACUAAACCAGUAUCUAAAUCGAAUGAGAACUCGACUAAUUUUCUAAUUUUGUACCAAAAUAUAAUCAAUGUCGAAGAAAUUAGUAAAAAAACGAUACAAGAGGUCAUUCUUCACUAUUUCUAUUUUGGGAAAGCACUCGUUGAACGAUUCAAUCACUACAAAAAAAACAAUCCUAAACGUACGGCUCAAGGGUUAAUUAAUAAUGAGGUUAGAAUUCAACUUCCAUCGGUUAGCCAGAGCAUGCUUCGAAAAACGAAAGAGCGGGCCCAAAAGAUUUAUGAUUUAUUUAAUGAGAUUGGGGUCGAUAAGAUCGCGCGGAUUCAGAGCUUUACAUCAGUAACCUUAUCUAGUAUUUCCCAGGAUGACAUAGAUUAUGUUUUAGCCAAACUUUCACUUUC